AAAAACGAAGAAAUACUAAUUUAUCAUCUUCGCCCUUUUCUGAAAUGGUCUGCUUCUUUGGGCCAAGUUACCAGACAAUAUAAAGUAACGAGUUCGGCUAGAAAACAGCAGGGCAAGCAAAGCAAGGCGCACCAGAACAGUUGAAUCUCUUCCAUCGUCAGUUAUGCUUGCCCAAAUCGCCAUAGUUGGGUUGGUGGGUGUUGUAGCAUGGGUUUACCAGGCAAUCAAGCCACCUCCUCCUAAGAUAUGCGGCUCUCGGAACGGUCCUCCUGUCACAGCAACUAGAAUAAAGCUCAGAGAUGGAAGAUAUCUAGCGUACAAAGAGCUGGGGGUGCCUAAAGAGAGAGCAAAACAUAAGAUCAUCUAUGUUCAUGGUUUUGAUCAAUGUCGCCUCGAUGCUUUGCCUGUAACAAUGGAUCUGUUGGAAGAGUUGGAUGCCUAUUUUGUGGCCAUUGACAGACCAGGGUAUGGACAGAGUGAUCCACAUCCCAGACAAUCUGUUAAAAGCAAAGCACUCGACGUUGAAGAUCUUGCAGAUAGUUUGCAGCUUGGUCCUAAGUUCUAUGUUAUUGGCUUUUCCAUGGGAGGCCAGCAUGUUUGGAGUUGCCUCAAGUACAUACCCCACAGGUUGGCAGGGGCAACAUUUUUGGCUCCUGUCGUUAACUAUUGGUGGUCUGGUUUUCCCGCCAAACUAUCUAAAGAGGCAUAUUCCCAGCAAUUUGUACAAGAUCAGUGGAUGCUUCGAGUUGCUCACUAUCUGCCUUGGUUAACAUACUGGUGGAUGACUCAGAAAUUGUUUCCUGCGUCGAGUGUUGAAGCAGACGAUCCAAAACUCUACAAUGCCCAUGAUAGGUCACUUUCAGACAAGUAUCAAAAUUUGCCUCAUGAAAAUGAAGUAAGGCAGCAAGGUGAAUAUGAAUGCCUCAAUCGCGAUGUAAUUAUUGGAUUCGGAAGUUGGGAGUUCGAUCCCAUGGACCUUAAGAACCCAUUUCCUAACAAUGAGGGUGCUGUUCACCUUUGGCAAGGUGAUGAGGACGGGUUUGUGCCAGUGCUGCUACAGAACUACAUCGCAAAGAAACUGCCAUGGAUACAGUACCAUGAGAUCAGAGGUGCAGGACACAUGUUCGUGUGUGACAACAAUUUUGUUGAUGCAAUUAUGAGGGCACUUUUGCUGGGAAAGAAACCGACAAACUUGUCCGUUGUUUAAGGAUGUUCUCAUCACUGUUGUCUCCCCAGUCCCCCCAGCACAGUGUCACACGAUAUCCUUCUCUUGGGAGGUUUCUCCUUUCAGUAGGCACUCUAUUAUUUUUACUGCUUUCGGUUACAAAAUAUGUGCUAAUUCACGUUGUGGAUAAAUUCCCUCAGUUUCAUUUGCUGCACUUUUAGCUUCGUCGGCAUAGUUCAGAAGCUUAACGCAA